AUGAUUCGGCAGUACUCUGGCGCAGCUUCUAUGCGCAUCCUUGAGAAAGGAGAUUCCUCUCCGGGAGUCAGUUUCCUUGGCAGUUUCCUUUGCGUUUGUAUAAAUGAAAAACGAUCGAGUUUAGUAACAAAUCCCCUCCAGGGAAUUGGAUACAAACUCGAGGGUAACAUGGGUAGUACCAAGUCCAAUCCAAGCAAACGGCACCGCGAACGUUUGAAUGCCGAGCUGGAACACUUGGCCAGUCUCUUGCCCUUUGAACAGACUGUCAUUGCCAAGCUGGACAAGCUUUCCAUCCUGCGUCUGGCUGUCUCCUACCUCCGUAUGAAAGGCUACUUCCAGGGUCAGUAA